AUGGCGAGGACUGGAGAACGGCAGGAGGACAGGCGUUCCAAGCCCUCCGCAGGGAAAUUCAUGAGUUUCACCCCGCUUACUGCCCCAAUCAACCAAGUCUUGAUGCAAAUCAAAGACAAAGAAGCUUUGACAUUUCCUGGCAAGCUGAAGGGAGAUCCCAAUAAGAUGUCUAUAGACAAGUACUACUGCUUCUACCGUGACCAUGGUCAUAACAUAGUCAACUGCUACAACUUGAAGCAACAAAUUGAAACUCUUAUCAGGCAAGGAAAGCUGCAAAGGUUCGUUAGUAAGGAGAAAGCGGAUCCACCUCAAGAGCAGGCUCUUCGACUAAAGAACGAGUGUCCUAGGCCGCCCAUAGGAGAUAUAAGAAUGAUUGUAGGGGGCACAACAUCUAUUGGAUCAUCCAAAAAGGCUCGUUUGGUGCCAAAGGUGGCACGAAUCGACAACCCCAUUAUCGAAUUCUCGGAAGAUGAUGCUCGACGUCUUCAUCACCCGCAUAACGAUGCACUUGUCGUUAGUAUACGAGUAGGGGACUACAAUACGCACCGAGUUCUAGUUGACAAUGGUAGCUCAACUGAUAUCCUAUACUACCCAACAUUCCAGCAGAUGAGGAUUGACAGAGAGCGACUGGUUCCGAUGAACGCUCCGCUCGUUGGUUUUGGAGGAACAAGGGUAUUCCCUUUGGGCACAAUCACAUUGUCUGUGACGAUUGGCAACUACCCCCAGCAAAUCACUAAGGACGUAACAUUCCUUAUGGUCGACUACUCGUCCGCUUACAAUGCCAUUCUCAGACGACCCACCUUCAAUUCAUGGAAGGCCGUAACCUUAACCUACCAUUUAAUGAUCAAGUUCCCUACAGAUUAUGGAGUAGGGGAGUUACGUGGAAAUCAGGUGGUUACGCAACAAUGCUACAUAGCUAUGAUGGAGAUGGACGACCACCUCCAAGCCAUGAACAUAGAAGAACACUGA